AUGUUACGCCCUUGGCCCGUUGCCGGUUACUUGAAUCCGUUGUCCAUGAGCGGAAGAUCUAGUGCUGCUCGAAGUGACUCACCCUUCCUGGACGCAUACGCACUGUCGAAAUUGCUGUGGAGCAAUAGUGAUGCGAGCUCAGAUGAAGUGGACGACAUCCUCGCGAACACAUCACCAGUUACAACCACCGCCGCCACCGAUGAAUGCACCGACAAUCCCGACGAAACAGAGGUCGAUGGGCUGAUCGAUACCUUUGAAGUCGGGUUGCCUGAGCGCUCAUUUUGUCGAAUUUCGUUAUGGCGCGAUAACGUCGUUCGUCCAGACGUGCUUGAUUUUAUGAACGACAGAAGGGCUCUGUCACCUCUUCCAACCAACCGGAAACGAAAACCAUCUUCUCUGGACCUCAAAGUUCAACCAAUACUCAAGGUCCCCAAACUCAUGAUCGAUCAGCCAAUCUGUCCUGCCUGUAACUCGACUUUUAGCGCCAGGAGUGGCCUCCUUAAGCACGGUCAACGGGCUCGAGCAUCCGAAGCCUGUCGCGAAGCGAUCAAUUAUGCAUUUGAAUGA